GCCAGGCUUUAUAAACCUCGCGCGCAGCCUGCGGAGGUUCUUCUGCUAACUCCCAGUCCUAGCAGGACCCGCGCCAAGAGGCGCCUGCGAAGCUGCAGGAGGUGGCGGCGCAGGGGCAACAGCGAAAGCAAAGGAAAAAUUCCCAGCUGGGCACGGAGCUCCAGAAUGCCGGCCACAGAUUUAGAACUUUUAUGAGUCGCGCUCUGACGAGCACCCUGUGUGCCCACAAGUCCUCACGAAGCAGAGCUUUUUGCCUUCCUCGCUGCGGGAAGGGGAGUAGGAGUUGUAAGCAGCAGCAGGUGCUGAAAGGCGGGGGACUCCUGCUUCUUGGAACCGUGACCGACGGAAUUUCUUUUCCAUUUUCAGCCCAACGCAGAAGAUAGACUAUCUCCAGAUUUCUGAACUCAAAUGCUUCCUGAGGCUUGAAUACAGACGCAUUCAGUGGCACCGGGGGCAGACAGACAGCAAGUGUUCAUUUUUAGGGCGCCGAGUCUUCUGCUCGCAAGGAAGAGUUCUGCCCGAAAGAGCCUGUAGCCCUUCUGUCUUGGUUAAGCAGGACCCUGACUCCAGGCGCUGGCCUGGGGACCCUGUUGCAAAGUGGGUGCGUGUAGAGAGAGCAAGGCUUAACCACUUAACCGAGAAAUGGAUAACGUCCUCCCAGUUGACUCAGACCUCUUCCCAAACAUCUCCACCAACACCUCGGAGCCCAACCAGUUCGUGCAGCCUACCUGGCAAAUUGUCCUUUGGGCAGCUGCCUACACGGCCAUCGUGGUGACCUCCGUGGUGGGCAAUGUGGUGGUGAUGUGGAUCAUUUUGGCCCACAAGAGAAUGAGGACAGUCACCAAUUAUUUCCUGGUGAACUUGGCCUUCGCAGAGGCCUCCAUGGCUGCGUUCAACACAGUGGUGAAUUUCACCUAUGCUGUCCACAACGAGUGGUACUACGGCCUGUUCUACUGCAAGUUCCACAACUUCUUCCCUAUUGCGGCAGUCUUUGCCAGUAUCUACUCCAUGACAGCUGUGGCCUUGGAUAGGUACAUGGCCAUCAUCCAUCCCCUCCGGCCCCGGCUGUCAGCCACAGCUACCAAGCUGGUCAUCUGUGUCAUCUGGGUCCUGGCUCUCCUGCUGGCCUUCCCCCAGGGCUACUACUCCACCACGGAGACCAUGCCCAACAGAGUGGUGUGCAUGAUUGACUGGCCAGAGCAUCCCAACAAGAUGUACGAGAAAGUGUACCACAUUUGUGUGCCUGUUCUGAUCUACUUCCUCCCCCUGCUGGUGAUCGGCUAUGCAUACACUGUAGUGGGAAUUACGCUGUGGGCCAGCGAGAUUCCCGGGGACUCCUCUGACCGAUACCACGAGCAAGUCUCUGCCAAGCGCAAGGUGGUCAAGAUGAUGAUCAUCGUGGUGUGCACUUUCGCCAUCUGCUGGCUUCCCUUCCACAUCUUCUUCCUCCUGCCCUACAUCAACCCAGAGCUCUACCUGGAGAAGUUCAUUCAGCAGGUCUACCUGGCCAUCAUGUGGCUGGCCAUGAGCUCUACCAUGUAUAACCCAAUCAUCUACUGCUGCCUCAAUGACAGGUUCCGGCUGGGCUUCAAGCAUGCCUUCCGGUGCUGCCCCUUCAUCACUGCAGGCGACUACGAGGGGCUCGAAAUGAAAUCCACCCGGUACCUACAGACCCAAGGCAGUGUGUACAAAGUCAGCCGUCUGGAGACCACUGUCUCCACAGUGGUAGGAAACCAGGAGGAGGAGCCCGAGGAUGGCCCCAAGGCCACGCCCUCAUCCCUGGACCUGACCUCCAAUGGCUCCUCUCGCAGCAACUCCAAGACCCUGACAGAGAGCUUCAGCUUCUACUCCAACAUGCUCUCCUAGACCCCGGGGCCUUCAGCAGGGGCAGGGGCAGCCA